GCAACGUCAGCAUGAGUUUCCCUAACGCGCCAUGCCGCUAGAUGGAAGGACUGUCAGUCAAGGCUGCAGGCCUGACUCUAGACAAUACACUCACUGGGCUAUGCUGAACCUGACGUUGACGGAAGCUUAUUCAUUCGCUUCGCGCCUUCAAUUUUCGCACGACCAGCUUUGAGUCGCUCCGUAAUCUUGGUGCUCCGCAAUGCGCAUCGCAUUCACCCAACACGACGCUUGUGUAUAGCAACAAACUCCUUCAGCAGACAUACAUCGCACGUCAUACUAGUCGCCAAGCACUCUCCUUCACAGCUAGUACCUAGCUUAAGCCUUGGGGCACACCGCCAUGCUCGAACCAGACCCCUCAGUUGCGCAGCUGGAUGCGCCUACUGCUUCUGAGAUCGAAACACUCGAAUUAUUCCGCCGUUCACCACACCCGUACCUCCGUCAUAGGGCCGACUUGAGCAAUGCGCAGACUCCGAGUGAACCAUCGAGCAACAAUGCGUCAGCCUCCCGAACGCCCCCUCGCCCGUCCGACCGCACAAUAUCAGACGAAGACCGCAGGAAACGCAGGAAACGCAACUCACAGUCGCCGAGCGAGAGCGGCACUGAGGCAGACGAUGAGGGUUACCAAUUCGUGAAGGCAUUGCCUGCGCCUCCGUUGAGGCCACGCAAGGGUCUGCGACACAGAAAGGGAUUGCGUGAGGAGGGGCUCAGUCCUCUACUGACCCCAACCCAAAUUGAGGAGGAAGCGCGCAAAUACUCUGAUGAGUAUUUUCAGGACAAGGAAGGUGCAUCGCAAAUAGGAGACGCGUCGUUAACGGACAAGGAAGCAAAGGCAGCACGGCAAAGGUACAUCAAGAGGCGGAGGAAGGAAGUAGUCAGGAGAACGACCGAGACGGCGCUGUUGGCCGGUAUAGGCUUUCUGGCCGUCAAUGGCUGCGGCUGCUGGUCUAGGCUCCUCGAAUGGCACAGAGCAGAAUUCGCGACUCAUGCUGUGGUCAUGGCUGGCGCCGUAGGAUCAUACCCGCUCAGAUUGCUCUAUCACUCGUGGAGAUCAAACCCUCCCUCAACAUUACGGUUUCGACAACGAAUACGGAUACCAGCUUCCUUCGAUCCAGCGCCCAUACUAUACCCCGCGAUCUUACCCGCCUUGAUCUCGAUAUCUCUUUUCGCGUCAUACCCCAAACCAUUACUAGCUAAUAUCAUUCUUGGACUGGCUGCGUUACCACCGCAGCUCAUACCAUUCGGCAAGCCAUUGUUGGGCUACUCUUCAGCCCAUUGGUUCAUUUCGAUUCUACCGCUUCUAGCCUCAGAGAACACCGAUAUACCCUCAAGACUGCUCGCAUCGCGGCCUUACAAGCUCAAGCUACCUCCACCGGAGCAAGGACUCGACCCUGAGAUCCUGACAAUACUCUUCCCACUGCAUCAAGCUCUGCUUCCACCAGUAUAUUACUUAACGACAACUAGCCUGUUGUCUACAGAGCUGCAUCUGCUUUCGAUUGGAUUGAUCAACCUUUUGCUCUUCACCAUGUCUCCGCAAGCGGAUAUUCUCAAGACCUUAAUGUGGCUCGGUGGUGUCGGCCUUUUUGUCACUUGCGGAAAGGUACUCAAAUGGGGUGUCGCGCUUGCGAGAAUCCCACGAUGGCGCUUCAGGCGUGCGGGGCAGAUCAUCAAGAAUCAGCAGUCUUUUCUGCAGACGCUUAAUCAUAGUUUGCGGCCCAAGCGAACGCAGAGUGCGGCACGGAACCACGUCUCGGACAGUGAUGCGGACGAGGACGAGCCCAAAUUGGGUGGUAGAAUUCAGAAAACCGUCAGUGUCAGGCUGGAAAUGCUGGACACCGUGCGUAAUAGCAACUUGGCCAACGGACACGAGCUUCAGUCAGCUGUAGAUGCGAGGAAGAUCGGCUUUGACGACUCCAACGACACUAGUCUACCAAAUAGCCUAGGACGUAUGCGCAGGAACACUUUGCCUGCGUUGAUCGCUGACGAUCAUACAUCGAAACAUCGGCUCUCAAAUCGGAAACGCUCAAAGUCCAUCGUACAGUCGUAUCUCUCCUUGACACCUACUCAGGCCAUGGCAAGGAAGUGGGCAUACGCAGGCUACUUCUAUUUCGUCGUUGCGUUGAUCAUUCUUGCACCUUUGAGAUUCAUCGUUGGCAAGCACGCGCUUCGCAACCAUGAGCCAUUCGGCUGGGCGAUCAGCUAUCUCUUUGGUAACAUCCAAAGAGUGCGUUGGGAGGUGUUCCAUUGGAAUCUCGAUUGGUGGAUACCACUACCUCCAAUUCACGAUUCGGAUGACUUGGCACAAGCAGCCGCAAGUCUCGCACCGUUAGACUACGUUCGCAGUGUUGUUCUUGGAGAAGCAAAUACUCGGCUUUUGCUAUGCGUAUACUGCGCUGGCACGAUAAUUGUCGGCCUGCUGUCCGUGUUGUCGCUCUCCUCGGUAGUUGAAGUCGACACGCGCCGCAAAGUAUUUCAUGGCACCAUGGUAGCCAUGCUCCUGCCCACUAUCUACAUCGACCCCUGCUUCGUAGCGCUUGCACUCGGUCUCGUGCUCGCCAUCUUCCUGCUCCUCGACCUCGUCCGCGCAAGCCAGCUCCCGCCUCUCUCGCGGCCCAUCGCUACCUUCCUCACGCCAUACGUCGACGGACGAGAUCUACGUGGACCCGUCGUUGUCUCGCACAUCUUCCUCCUGAUCGGCUGCGCCAUUCCUCUCUGGUUAUCUCUAGCAGGCGUUGAUCGCGCAGGCGAAGUCCCAUGGCAAGGCUGGGAAGUCACGUCCCGAGACGUCAGCAUGGUGGCAGGCGUUGUCUGCGUAGGCAUGGGCGACGCCGCAGCGUCGCUCAUCGGCAGACGAUACGGCCGCCGCAAGUGGCCAUGGGCUGGCGGGAAGUCUCUCGAAGGCUCUCUGGCGUUUGCUGUGGCUGUCACGAUUGGCCUUGUGUUUGCUAGGAUCUGGCUGCACUUUGGCUGGGGUGAUGUCAAUGCAGCUCCCAAGACGCUUGUGGAGUUGGCGAUUGAUGCGAGUCUCACGAUUGCGAAGGCGGCGCUGUGUGCGGUGGGUGCGAGUCUCAAUGAGGCGGUGCUGACGGGCGGUAAUGAUAAUGUGAUCGUGCCUGUUGUGCUGUGGGUGCUGGUUAGAGGGGUCAGACUAUAGCACGUAGACAAUGCACAUCGUGCAAACCGACAUGGGUUUCAAGCUGACUCCAAGAAUUCAGGUUGUUUCAAGC